AUUGCUGUUUACAAGUAAGGUAAACAAACAAUAUUACUAUAUGUUUCAGUUCUUGACUUCAUGUAAUACAUAUAAAAUCUAGCCAAGUUUCAGCCAUUCAUCAGUUGCAUUGGUAUUAGCUUCAAGGAAUAUGUUAUUGCAAGUGGUAAGGUUUAUCCUUUGUCAAGCAAAGCUAGCUUUAGCUAAAGGAGGCACAUCCUCAUCGUUACAAGAUUCAAAUCCGCGUCCAGUGCCACCUCAAGGAGUCUUAAGUAGCUCUAUGCAACAAUACUACCCGCCGUUUAACACAUCAUCUAAUAUGAUGCACGUUCAAGGUCAUGCUGCUACUAGUUUACGACGAUGGUCUACUGGCCUUUGCCAUUGUUUUGAUGAUCCUGGAAAUUGUCUGGUGACUUGCUUUUGUCCUUGCAUCACGUUUGGGCAGAUUGCAGAAAUAGCGAAUAAAGGUUCCUCAAGUUGUGUGACAUACGGUGCAGCAUAUGCACUUCUGGCGUUGAUAGGGAUGCCUUGCUUGUACUCAUGUUGUUACAGAUCUGAGUUGAGAGCUCAAUAUGAUUUAGAAGAGGCUCCUUGUGUGGAUUGUUUAGUCCACUUCUUUUGCGAGUUUUGUGCUUUAUGUCAGGAACACAGAGAGCUCAGAAACCAUGGCUUCGACAUGGGAAUAGGCUGGCAAGCGAACAUGGAUAGAAGAAGUCGUGGAGUUACAACUGCUCCAGUCGUGAAUGGAGGUAUGAUGAGAUGAAAAAUUAAUUGUGAACGUGGAAUGACGCCUUAUCUUGACACAUGUGGCACAGUCGACAUGUUUUCAUAUCUCAAUGCCAUUGUUUUGGAAACUGUCUCACUUGUAGUUCUCGCUUAAUUGCUUUGAUAAGUAAGAGAACAAUUUACGAUACAAGUUCAUGUGUGUUUCUUUCUACUAUUUGCAUUUUGCAGUCAUGGAAACAAUGUUUGUUAACUGAGUUAUAAUAGUAUCAGAUAUUAAGUUA